UCAGCUGGGCUGACCUGUGUGUGUGCCACCUGUGAGCUGCCAGGACGGCUCCGCUUCUGCGUUCUCCAGGGCAGAGCUCCGGAGGCUGUGCAGCUCUUGUUUUGAGACAGAAAUGCUGAGCUUCUCCAGGGGUGCUGAUGGGACUAAUCAGUGUUAGCUGAGCAGUUUCACUGAAUGAAUCCAGGCGACUCUGGUGCUGUCUGAAAUGAGCAGUGGACCCUGAGAGAGCGUCUGGAGUCUGCUCUGAUGUGUGCAGUCCCACUGUGAAACACCAUGUCAGAUGAAGCCAGCUCGGAGCAGGAGCCUUCUACAACCACAGUCAGUUCAGUUGCUGUGCAGGCUGGGGAUGCCAGCAUUGUUAUAGCUGUGCUUAAGUGUGGAAAAUGGGUGAAGCUUCAGCUAGCUGAAUCAACACCAAAUAUAUUAGAAAUUGGCAGCAAUCAAGAUGAGACUAAAAAACUACUUCAAGAUCAUGAAUUCCUCCUGUCCAAGCUGAAGGCUUUGGAAGACAAGGUGUGGGACCUGCUGCAUGAAGCAGACAAGGUUGCAGAGGAGAACAAAGAAAAGAGUCAGGUUUAUGAUGCCAUGGCAGAGACCCUUGGGGAUGCAUGGGAUGCCCUUAUCAUUACGUUAGAAAAGCGACAGGCACUUCUGGAACUUACUUCAGUGUUCUUUGAAAGCGCUCUGCAGUUUGCUGUCAAAAUUGACCAAGUUGAAGAUUUCCUGAAAAAUGCUCAGGAGUUUGACAAUAUUGACUCUUUAAGAGAACUUCUUCUGCAGCAGGAGCAUCAUACAAAAGAACUUUUGCAGAAGUCACUUGCUCUUUUAAACAAAAGCCAAGACCUAACUCAGUUCAUAGAAGAAUUCAAAUGUGAGGGGCCAAAUGCAAACCCAGAGCUGAUUCAAGGAGCCCAGAGCAGCUGCUUGAAGAUUGACAAUCUCCUUGAGAUGCUACAGGACAGGAGACGGCAACUGGACAAAUUCCUUAGACAUCAGCGCCAAGGACUCGAGCAGGUUCUGCAAAUUUGUUUGUGGCACCAACAAGAGAGCCAGGUAACAUCUUGGUAUAAGCAAAACAUCAGAGAUUACUUUCAGAAGCAAAACUUAGGCUCAUCACUAUUGGAAAAUGAAGAGUUACUUCAGGAACUUGAAGAAAUGGAAGUCAAAGUGAAAGAAUGGAAUUACACUGUGGAUCAAUUGGAAGGUGAAGCAUUUAGGAUCUUGCUUUCAGAGGAUUAUACAGAAAAAGAACAUCUAAAACUUUCAAAUGAGAAAAUCUGUCUGUUGCAAGAAGAAGUGUGCUUCCGUAUGGAAGAAAGGAAAGCCCUGCUGCAAGAGGCCAAUGACUUUUUUCAUGCUGCUGGCAAGGUACUUGAUGGUCUUGCAAGUAUUGAGAAUUAUCAUAAAAUCUCUAUUUCAGAAGGCUUACAUUUACCUAUAUUGACACUGAAGUACAAGGAAUUGCAGGAAGAAAUUAAGGGUUGUACAGCAACUACCAUGCAAAAGGGACGAACUUUAGUUAAUAAAGCAGAUUCUCACAGCUCUUGGGUGGCAGGAAUUCAGAAAAUGAUGGAGUAUGUCCAAAAAAAAAUAGAUCAAUUAAACAGCCAAUGUCCAGGUUAUGAAGAACUUACUUUGAAGAAACAACAAUGGACUGCCUCACUUGAAGAUCAUCUGAAUAAGGUGUCACAAUCAAUUAAAAAACUCGCCCCGAUGCUUGCAGCUGGUAUGGAGAUUGGCUCGUAUUUGUGUGAGUCAGAAAGAGCUUUGAAUAAACACCUUGAGCUGGCCAAACAAACAAAGGAAACUUCAUGUGAACUGAAAGCAGCUGAAGGAAUCAUCAAAAAUAUGGAAGAGUUGGAACCUGAGCAGGUGGCAGCUUUUUCUAGCAGAGCUGACUUUCUGAAUAAGGAACUGAAAAGAAUUGAAAAUAAUAUUAGUUCAAAGCUAGAAAUUCUAGAAACUUAUGUGGCCUUUUUACAGUCAGCUGUAGAGGUAAAUGAUGAUAUUAAAAAUCUAAAGGAAUUCUAUAAUUCAAAACCCCUACCAACAAACAGAGAGACUGAAAAUAAAAUUGCAAUAGAGUCAGCUAAUACGCAGUGGCAAGAGACUAUAAAGAAGACUUUUUCCACCCAAAAUAUGGGUUGCUAUUUUCUUAAUUUAGUAAAUGUGGUAAAUGAGAGUUUAAUAUUAGAAGUGGAAAAAUCGAUAAAAGUAACAGAAGAUAUCAUUAUUAAUCUGAAUAAAGAAAGGAAAGAGCUGUCUCAUCUUUGGGCAAUCUGGAAUUUUAAAAUUACUCAAGUAAAACCCAUAAAGCAACAGUGCCAGAUAUUUAAAGAACAACUAAAAAUCACCACCCGUGGAUUAGAGAUUCUUCAAGAGGCUCUCCAGCUUGCAGUACCAGUUGACCUUGGAAGUGACCUUUUAAUUGUUUUGGAACUACAGAAAAAGCUGAACCAAAUGAAACCACACUAUGAGCAACUGAAUGCUGAGCUUGAGUACCUGAUAAAAUUAUUGGAAUUGCCAAGCCAGAAAGGAUUUCCUGUGAAAGAGAACUCUGAGAGAAUAAGUGAGCUUAUUCAUUUCCAUCAAACAGUAAAGGAUGCAAUGAUAGAAUAUGAUGAGAUUUUCAGCAAGACAGUCAAAUUCCAUCACAUUAAAAAAGAACUGGAAUGUCUAUCAAAAUCAGGAGAACUGGAUAUUCCUGAAAUACAUGGGGACCCUGAAAAUGUGCACCAGGCUAAAGCCUACCUUGUGAAUUCUCAGGAGAAACAUGCACGUAUUAGACAGCUAUAUACUCUACUUAUUACCCAGGGAGUGGACAUCUUGUCUGCAGUGCAGCAACAUAAUUGCUUGAAUGUUUCGGUAAAGAAUCUGAAGCAAGAACUUGCUAGAUUUGAGUGUGAUAGCAUAAACUGGAGGUCCAGAGCUGAUAAGUAUGAGGAAGAACUGUCACAGUAUUUCCAACACUGCACCACUCAGGAGGAUAUAAAUGAGCUCAGAGAAUCAUUUAAGGAUCUCAAAAAGAAAUUCAACAAUUUGAAGUUUAACUAUAUAAAGAAAACUGAAAAAGCUCGAAAUAUGAAAGUACUUAAAAUACAGAUUCAGCAAGUUGAUACAUAUGCAGAGAAGCUACAGAUUCUUAAAAAGAAGAUGGAUAAUUUAGAGAAGAAAGUUGUUGACCCUUUUGCAAAUGAGCCUAAUGCUAAAGUUCAAGUUCUGUUGGGCUCAAUCUGUGACUUACAAAAACAGCUGAAUGACUUUAACAUGGUUGUGGAAGAUUACAAGCAAAAUCUGGAUCUCAUGGAGCAUCUGCAGCAGAUGAUGAAAGAGUGUCAAUUUUGGUUUGAAGAUGUGAGCGCAACAGUGAUUAGAGUUGGCAACUACUCUGCAGAAUGCAAAACCAGAGAAGCAAUAGAAAGUCUCUAUAAGCAAUUCAAUAAGUUUAUUGAACCUGCAGUGCCUCAACAAGAAGAAAAAAUCCAGCAGAUGAUGGACCUUGCUAGACGGUUAUAUGGUAUUGAAGAAGGAAAGAAGUAUGUUGAAAAAACUGUAUCAAAGUAUGAAGAAAUCAUGAAUUCUGUUGAUGGGUUGUGUAGAUCUCUGAGAGAACUUAAGGAGAUAAAGAAAGUUGAUUCUUCUGAAGAGUUGAUUACUGUUAAAAAAGAAGAAAGAAAUGGUCAAGAAGCACGUGAGAGUGUUAAAGAGGUGAAGCAAAAGCAGCAGUUCGAGGAGAGGAAUAUAUUGGCUGAUAUUUCAGUUAUCUGUCCAGCUGGUGAGGAUCUUGUUUCACAGGAUACAGAGCUGUCAUCUUCAGCCAAAGAGGAUAGUUUACAGACUGAAUUCCUGGCAGAAGAAACCCCCUCUGGAGAUGAAUAUGAGUACACCACCAGAAGCUGUCAGAGGCAGAUGGUUACCCGAGAAGAGAUUAGAAGUUCUUCAGAAAAGAACAGCAUGGCCAGCCUAACUGGACAGGCGCCUAACUUCUCCCAGCUUCUGUCUAACAAAACCGUCAUGGAAGGUUCUCCGGUAACUUUGGAAGUAGAAGUAACAGGAUUCCCAGAGCCUACACUGACAUGGUACAAGAAGGGCCAGAAACUGACUGCAGAUGAGCGCUUAAAGCUUUUACAAAAGGAGACAAAGCAUACUUUGUUCAUUCAGAAGGUGUGUGAUAAAGAUGCUGGCCUCUAUGUUGUUCGGGCUAAAAAUUUGAACGGCACUAUCUCCUCAAGUGCCAUUCUUCACGUGCAAGUACAAGGGAAACAGCCAAACUUCAUACAAAAGUUUGGACAUAGAACUCUGCAAGAGGGAGAAGAUUUAAUCCUGCAUUGCACUAUACAUGGGAAGCCCAAACCACAUGUCUGCUGGACAAAGGAUGACAUCCAAGUGGUAUCUGGAGAUAUCAGUAUUGAGAAAUUAGGAGAUACCUAUUAUCUUUUAAAAAGAAAUGUAGUCCUUGCUGAUACUGGGAGAUAUAUCUGUGUUGCCAGCAAUGAAAUUGGAAAGGCACACUGUUCUGCUUUCGUGACAGUGAUAGAGAAAAAUAAACCCCCCAAAACUUCCCGUGUCACUCAGGCUAAACCACAGUGGGAAGAUGGAUACUUUUCAGAAGAGGUAAAUGUCACCACAGCUGAGCUAGUACAAGCCCAGGAUCCACCAUGUGAGAGAGAUGAAAGGCCAGUGGCUAAAUGUACUCCAGUAAGGUUUAAAGAGAAACUCUGGUUUCAAGGAGUGCAUCUUGAACUUGAGAGGCCAUAAGAGAUUAACUUCAAUUUAAGACAUGAUCCCAUUCUUCUGCUGGAUGCAGUGGAACAGAAGAUGGACUGAACUGCAAGAUGCCAGAUUCCUGAGCAUGUUUGUGUUGUUUGCUGUGUCCAUUAGUAGAUAUUGGCCAUGGGUGAGGAGCAAUGAAUUUUGGGUGCUAUCCAAUAUAUGUCUAGAUUCAAAUUUGUAUUUUUUUUCUUUACAAAUAAAUCAUUAUUAAUAUUCAUCUGUGCAUAACAUUUAUUAGACAGUGGUU